GCCAAGCUGACGUUCAAUGUCAGAACUAAAAUACCUACAAUUUCUUUACGCGUGUGCCAGAAUUGUGAGGAACACACGUGCUAAGUUGCGUUGGAUUUUAUUGUGAUUUGUGUGCAAAACAAACUUUAUUCGUUAGCGAGCUGUUCAUAGAAUAAGUCAUAAUCAUGGCAAAAUCACUGAGAAGUAAAUGGAGAAGGAAAUGCAGAGCAGUUAAAAGAGUACGAUAUGGAGAAAAAGAAUUGGCCAGGCUAAAGAAAACACUCGGAAUUGAUGAAAAUGCUUCCAAUGAUGCCGAUAUGUCAGAUAUUCAAGAGAUUGCCACAGUUACGGAUGCCAAAGCGAUCAAAGGCAGCAAAGACAAGGAGAAUGAAGUAGAAAAUGUUGAAGAGGAAAAGAUGGAUGAUGGAACCGCAAGAGUUUACAAUAAGAAAACCUUACGUGACCAGUAUGGAAAUUACCCAGUAUGGAUGAAUCGCAGAAAAAUCCUGAAGCACAAGAAAGGACGUGCAAAAUCACAGAAAGCAACGACGAAAAAGGAUAAACAUUUAACAAGAAAGGACAAAAAGAAAGAGCCAACUGAAACGUAGUUUUAGCGUACAUUCAAUGUAAGAUACUUUAGGAGAGAAAAGAAGGUGAUCAAUGUUAUAAUAUUAUCUUAAAUGAUAGUUUCCGUAAAAAUUGUAUUACAAAAUUUAAUAAUACGUUUAAAUCUAGUAGCGGUAUAUAAAACUACUACUUACUGUAGCAAAGUACAUAAAAAUAAAUGCAACUUGGCAGUGUCAAUAACAUUGUUCCAAAAUUACACUUAGUUUCUCAAUUAUACUUCUAUUUUAUAGUAGAAAAACUAUUAUUAUUGUAUUCAACAGAUUGUAUAGCUAUUUCAUAAUCAACUUUUAUGAAAGACAACUUAAUUUUACAUGUAUUUUUUUAUUGUUAAAUUAUCUAAUGUAAGGACUUCCACUAUUAAAAUAUACACCAGUUCUGCAUCGUAA